UAAGAAUUCAAAAAAGUGGGGGAGUCGGAGAGGGCUGUUUAGUCAAAGAUUAUUGUAGACAAAAUUUUCCACUCUCACUUCUAAGUCGCAAGCGUCACAAGUACAGUGUAUAAUUUAUCAGUAUACAAUAUAUUUAAGAAUAUAUAUUCAUCAACGCUUGCAAAGUAGUUAAUUGAUACAAAUGGCUUGUUUAAAAGAUCUCAAACAAGAGAUACAAACUAUUCAGUCUGUGUUCCCAAAAAAUCAUGAAAGAUUUCAAAUAACAUCUGCAAGCCUGGACGAGCUUAAUUGUAAAUUUGUUGAUAAAGAUGGAAAGAAGUAUGAAAUUAAUGCUAGUAUUACUGAAACAUAUCCUAUGACUCCACCAGUAUGGUUCGCAGAAUCUGAUGAAUCUAGUAUAUUAAAUGCUGUUAAAAUUUUAAGCGACACGUCUGGUGAUGACAACCAUGUAAUAAAACAAGUAGAAAUUUUAGUGAGAGAAUUGUGUCGUUCAAAUUCUAUACCUGAGCCAGUGGAUCUUGAGAAACUGAUUGUUUCAAAUUCUUUAUCAUCAGAAGCCAAUGCUAGUAAGACUGUAGCAGAAGUAGCCGAUGAAGCUCCAGCUGAAGAUGGAAGUGAUGUAGAUACUGGAGACGAAGCGAGUGAGCAUGAUGAUGAUCUUGACUAUUUUGAAGAAGUUGAUGCUAAAAAAAUAAAGACUGAUGACGACAUGGAUUCAGAAGGAUUGGCAGUAUGGAACAGAUUGCAACAAAAUGGAAUGAAAAAUAUUUUAAAAAGUUCUUCGUCAGGUAGCACACAAGCUACUGAUCGUUUAAUGAAAGAAUUACGUGACAUUUACCGGAGUGAUGGUUUUAAAAAUAAAAUUUAUACCGUCGAAUUAGUUAAUGACAAUCUAUACAAGUGGAAUGUCGGAAUAAAGUCUACUGAUCCUGAUUCACCAUUGACCAAAGAUUUAGAGCGUCUCAAAAAAAGCGGAGGCAAAGAUUGCAUUCUUCUUGAAAUAUUAUUUGAUGACAAGUUUCCAUUUGAACCGCCGUUUGUGCGAGUAGUUGAUCCAGUUAUGUCUGGCGGUUUUGUGACGUCAGGAGGUGCACUUUGUAUGGAACUGUUAACAAACCAGGGUUGGAGUUCUGCGUAUGCAAUAGAAACCUUGAUAAUGCAGAUAUUAGCGACAAUGAUCAAAGGUAACGCACGUGUACGGCAAUUUGAUGAUACAAAGGGACUUGGUACUAGAAAUAAUCCAAAUUUACGAUACACUUUUUACGGUGCGGUGCGAUCAUUUAAAAAUCUAGUAAAAGUGCACAAAGAACGUGGUUGGCAUACACCCCCAAAUGAAGAGGGCUGAUUAAUUAAUAUUUGAAACGUAAAACAUUAACAGCAAUUGAAAUAAUAAGCUCGAGAAUGGAAAAUAAAAUAAUUACAGUUUUAAUUUUAAAAUUAUAAUAAAGAAUUUUGUAUAACUUGGAUUAUAACAUUGGACAUAAUUUUUUAAUUACAUAUAUGUUAAUAACUAAUAAUCAAACCAUAACAUAACUGUAGGAUAUAUGUAAAUAUAUGGACUGCUUGUGAGACUUAUUAUUUAAGUAAAACGUAAUUAAUUAUUUUAUUGUUAAUUCUUCAUUAUUUAAAUUUUCAUAAAAUUGUAAUUUCUUAUAUAAUUCUAUUUUAUUAUUAUGUUUAUUCUAGUGAAUGACGUUUAAUUUAAAUUCAAUUUCUCUAAGCUUAAUGUCAGAAAAUUAUUUUUGGUGUAAGAAUAUGCUCUCUAAUAAAUAAUUUGUUAGCUGUUAAUAAAUAUUUAUUUUCCCUGGUGGAAAUUUUUCGGAAUUUUCUCUGAAAAACUCAGCUUCUAAAUUCUAAAGGCUUUUCCAGAGUUUUUCAGAGAAAAUUUUGAAAAGUUUCCACCAGAGUUAGCCUGUUCAUUAAUAAAUCAUUGGCUAAAUAUUA